AUGGCGAAGGCCCACAUGAGGGCGGCAGGCUCUGGCCGUGGCGCUGGUGGGAAGAAAGGCGCCGCAGCGAAACCGGUCAAGGUGAAGUUUACCGUCGACUGUCAGAAACCUGUGGACGACAACAUUAUCGAGGCCAAGGGACUGGAACGAUUCUUGCAGACGCACAUCAAGGUAGAUGGCAAGUGCAACAACCUGGGCGACCGCGUCCAAGUCUCCCGCGAAAAGGCGAAGGUGUUUGUGACCGCUGAACUGCCUUUCUCGAAGAGAUACAUCAAGUACCUGACGAAGAAAUAUCUCAAGAAGCAGAUGCUGCGCGACUUCAUGCGCGUGGUCAGCAGCCGCGAUACAGUGUAUGAGUUGCGGUACUUCCAGAUGCCUCAGGAAGACGAAACAGCGGCUUAA